AUGGGCACCCCUUCUACCACCUCACUGUCCACUACCACCACCACCUCAUUGUCUCACACUUGCCAUCGCGUCACAAACGGCCUGUUCGUGAACGCCGUGCAGUUGCGGUCGCACAGCCCCUACCGUCUUGUGAACGGCGACGCCGUCUCCUUCGGACCGCCCAAUCAGUCGCAGUUCUGCUACCAGUUCGUCGAGGACUACAGCGCCGGUAGCCUAACGCCCAGUGGGGGUGGUGUAGGUGUGGGCACUACUACUACUAAUAAUAAUACUACUGCACCCGUCGGUGGUGGAGGCGCCGGUAGUUGCGUGUCGUACGAGCUGUCGGCCAUCGGCUUGACUACCAUCCCGGCGACGGUCAUACCUAUCGUCACCCGCAUUCAGACGACUACUACGGCCAGCGGUGGGUCAGCGGCAGCACCGGGAGGUCACCAACAGGUGUCCACUAAUACGUUGCGCUUCAACAUAGACGCCAAUCAGAGCCGAACCAUUUCGCUCAGGGCUAAUAUGCCCACCACUCGCAGUGGUGUUAACUACAGCAUCCGUUCCCCGCGCGUGUCGGUGUCCACGAGUGUCACCGCGCCUACAGGUGGUGGUCAUCAUCAUCACCGUACAGGACUACUGACAAUGUCUACGUCCGGCCGUACGAGUCUUCACAAUAGACACCCAUUUAGGAGCUCCAGAGCGCCGGUAGCCCGAGAGACGGCGGCGCCGGUAGACGACGAGGCGUCCGACAACGACAACGGCGACGGCCGCGCGUUCGUGGAGCACGACUACAGCACCCGGAGCUCGCAUACCGGCGCCGGUCACCGGAUGCGCCUACAGCUCCGGCCCACACCCGUCAGCACCGGCAGCCCUGUGCCUCAUGUGAGCCAAUCGGAGCGCAAACGCUUCGAUAAGGAGGUGCAACGGUUGGAGCGCACGAAACGCGAGACCCGGCACCGGGAGGAGGAGCUGCGCCGUAAGCAACGCGAGUUGGACCGCAAGGAACGGGAGGUCGCGAAACGGGAUCAGGAGCUCGAGAAACGGGCGAACGAGUUGGAGAAGCAGAAGCGCCGGUUGGCCGAUAAGCAGCGCCGACAGCAACUGUCGGCUGCCGUCAGUGCCAGAGAGGGCCGGGAGGCGGACAGUAGGUGCGACUCGACCUCCGAGGUGUCCGUCAGCGCCGGUAAACGUAAGCUGAGGUCCGGAGCGGCCACCAAAGAGACGACUAAACGCCAAUGCAAUGAGACUAAAGGCGUGACUACUGGUGCCGCUGCGGACGAUGAUGUCGAUUGUGGUGAGCACCGGGAGGUGCCCUCAGGUGACAGUAAGUCCGUGGAGGAGAUCUUCGAGUCGGAGAUGACAUGUAGUGUCUGUCACGAGUACUUCAUACACGCCGUGAACCUGAACUGUAGCCACACUUUCUGUUACGCCUGUAUCGAGGAGUGGAAGCACUCGCGCGCCGGCGCUCACGUCUGUCCCAUAUGUCGGAAAAAGAUUGAGAACCAGAACCGGGAGCUCGUGUUGGAUAACCUCAUCGACCGGUUUGUGGCCAAAAUGAAGCCCGAGUUGAGGCAACACCGGAUUGCGUUGAUUGCGGAGCGCAAGGAAAGGCUGGAGAAGAAGGCCGCGGAGGCCUCCCAGGCGGCCAGUCGUGCCAACGCCGCCGCUCAUAGAGGUAUAGCCCAACGUUUUAUUACUGUUAUGACCGCCGGUGGUGGUGGUGGGGCUAUAAGGGUGGCUGUGGAGGUGGGCAGACAGCCGCCCCCGUUGCGUAGGUUCGCAGGAAUCAUACCGUCGCUGCACUUCUUCCUGAGACACACCACCGGCGGCGGCGCCGCCAAUGACAACACGGACUCGGGGAGCGAUUCGGACGCCGUUAAUGUCAUUGGACUGGACUUCUUGGGCGACAACAGCAGCGGCUCCUCCAUGUCGUCCUCCAGCGACAGCUCCGACUCCUCAGACGACGACUCGGCCGCCGACAGCGACGACAACAACGAUCACAGCAACAGAUCCACGCAAGACAUGGAUGAGGGCAACGACGAUAUAGUGGUCGACUCGGACUCCGACCCAUACAGUAGUGAUAGCGAUGAUGAUGACGGCGCCGAUGAUAGCCAACCGGUAAUCGGUGGUCGGCUACGGCUCAUCCAAUCGGACGAUAGUGACAGUGAUUCGGACGUCUCGUCGGCCAGUAGUGUCUCGUCGAUCGUGUCGCUGCACACCGGCGCCGGCGGUAACCGUUUGUCGCCCAUUGAGAUCAGUAGCGGUACCGACGGUAGCGAUGACGACUCGGACUCGUCUACCGGUGCGGUGGACUCGGACUUCAGUGACGACUAGUGCUUAUGUUUAAUGUUUUUGUCACUCACUUCGCGAUGAAUACCUGUUUUUUUUCUAUAGAUUAUUAUAAUUAUUACUAUUAUUAUCCCGAAAAACAAAUGAACUAUUAUUUUGUCGUAUAAUUUAUAAAUUGAGUUAUGAUUUUGAACUGAAUUUUCUGUGAAUCCACGGCAAAGUCCGUGUCGUAUAAUACAGUAUAUAUAAUAUGUGCCCAAAAGUGUGAAUUUAAUUGAGAAUUUGAUACCUUUUUUGUCAUUUUUAUGAAAACAACUUUUUUUUUCGAUACCUUUUCCGAUAACAUAAGUGAAAGUCAACCGAAAAAUCUGUGUUUUCAUUAUUUGUCCGCGAAAUGAAUCACUAUUUUUUGCUUUUUAUUUUUAAUUCAUCCGUUUAUUUGAAAUACAAUUUUUUUGUUGAAUCAAAAUUUAUAAUCAAAAUUAAAUUCUUAUAUAUUUGUGUUUAAUUCAAUUGAAAUAAUAAAAAACUUUUCACACUUUUCUCUCUCAUCUAAACAAACAAAACAUUUUAUAUUA